AUGUCUGGAGUGUCUGGUAACGGAGUGACCAAGAACACAUCUCGUAGUAGUAAGAUACCCAAUAAUGACAAAAACGGCCGACUUUUGGAGAAAAUAGACGAUGAUGUGCUUCUCGUAAAUCAGAUUAGAGAUAAAUUGAAAUAUAAUAAGCGGAAAGAUAGCUCAGAGAUACGACAAGAAAAAUCUUCGACAGACGGUGAUGUUCCGAUAGAUGUAGCCAAAGGUAUAGAAACAGGUAAUUCGGAAGAAGAUCGGGAUCUGGUAGAAAGUGAAGAUGAAGACGAAGAACAAGCCUGGAAGGAACAAUCAGAGUACUACAAAAAUAUUGACACAAAGACAUUUAGGCAAUAUGAAUUAGCAUGCGAUAGAGUAAAGCAAUUUUACGAAGAACAACAUGAAUGCCAAACCGUUGCCUAUAAUAUACAGGCAAGAAUCAAUUUCAAAACCAAAUCAAGAGCACGUAUGACCAUAUGGGAAGGUUUAGAGAAAUUAAACAAGCUUCUUGAUGAAAGUGACCCAGACACCGAGCUUUCACAAAUUGAUCAUGCUUUGCAAACGGCUGAGGCUAUAAAGAGGGAUAAGAAGCCCAGGUGGUUUCAACUUGUAGGACUUAUUCAUGACUUGGGAAAGUUAUUAUAUUUCUUCGACUCUAAAGGGCAAUGGGAUGUCGUUGGUGAUACAUUCCCAGUAGGCUGUAAGUUUCUGAAAAGAAUUAUCUUUCCAGACAGUUUCAAGAAGAAUCCCGACUUCUUAAAUCGAUUAUAUAGCAACAAGUAUGGGAUUUACUCGAAGAACUGUGGUUUGGACAACGUAAUGUUGAGUUGGGGUCAUGACGAGUAUAUGUAUCAUGUUGCCAAGAACAAUUCUACCUUACCUAAAGAAGCUCUAGCUAUGAUUAGAUACCAUUCCUUUUACCCUUGGCAUCAUGAAAAUGCUUACAAAUACCUUAUGGACGAUCAUGAUAAGGAAAUGCUAGAAGCUGUUCAAUCAUUCAAUGCUUACGAUUUAUAUUCCAAGAUUGAUAAGCAAUACGACGUCGAUGAGUUGAAACCGUAUUAUUUAGAGUUGAUAGAUGAAUAUUUUCCUACAAAGGUGAUUGAUUUUUAA